CCAUAAUCAUUACAGUUAAUUUGGAUAUAACCUAUUAUUAUUGAAGUAAAUCAUUGCAAUUCAGUUUAGAAUAAUUGCAUUUGACCAAUCAUUGUUUAUUGAAUUUGUGACUUAACUGCAGAAAGAGUUGAUUUCUAAUUGCAAUUUAUAAUGCAAAUCUGUGCAAAAGGUCUAAUAAUUGAUAUCUUUUUUAUUUAGAUCAGAAUAAAUGGAUAGUUAUACUUUUUGGUGGGAUGCUAUUAGCAACCAAAUUUACAUUUGGAGCAAUGGAAAAGACCUGCAACUGCAGCACAAAUAUCACCUUUCAGAAAUUUAGGACUAAAUUAGCUCCUGAGACAUGUUGUUUGAAUUUCACAUGGACUAAAAUCGAUAUUUUGGACUGGAGCAUCUUUGCUGGAACUGUAGGGUUGAAAGAGCUGCACCUAUCAAACUGUGAUAUAUCACAUAUUAAGAAUUUUGUGUCCUCACGGGAGGUUGACGGCGCAGCCAUGACUGUCUCCUAUACCUUGAAAGUGGCCAAUGCUCGCUUUGGGGGCUUCUCUAAGCUGCUCUUCCGCUGGAAAGGGAGCAUCUACAAGCUGCUGUACAAGGAAUUUCUGGGCUUCAUUGUGCUGUAUGCAGGACUGAGUGCCAUUUACCGGUACCUUCUCAAUGAAUAUCAGAAACGUCUCUUUGAAAAGGUAGCUAAAUAUUGCAAGAGCUCCACUGACCUCAUCCCUCUGUCUUUUGUCCUAGGUUUUUACGUCACACUGAUUGUGAACCGUUGGUGGGCCCAAUACACCAGCAUUCCCCUGCCAGAUCAGCUGAUGUGUGUCAUUUCCAGCAACGUUCAUGGGAAAGAUGACAAGGGUCGGAUUUUGCGGCGCACACUCAUUCGUUACGCCAACUUAUCUUCUGUCCUGAUCUUGCGUUCAGUCAGCACCAGAGUGCUUAAGAGAUUCCCCACUAUGGACCACAUCGUAGAAGCUGGUUUUAUGACACAGGAUGAACGUAAGAAAUAUGAGAGUCUCCAUUCAGACUUCAACAAGUAUUGGAUCCCCUGUGUGUGGUUCACCAAUCUAGCUGCGCAGGCACGACGAGAAGGGAGGGUCCGCGAUGAUGUGGCACUCAGAUUGCUCAUGGAUGAACUGAACCUCUACCGUGCCAAAUGCAGCAUGCUUUUUCACUUUGACUGGAUCAGUAUCCCCCUAGUGUACACACAGGUGGUCACUAUAGCGGUCUAUUCUUUCUUUGCAUUUUGUGUGGUUGGCCGCCAGUUCCUGGAUGGAGAUCUAGACAUAUAUGUUCCCUUGCCCACACUCCUACAGUUCUUCUUUUAUGCUGGGUGGCUGAAGGUGGCUGAACAAAUAAUUAAUCCCUUUGGAGAGGAUGAUGAUGAUUUUGAAACUAAUAAAUUGAUAGACAGAAAUCUUCAGGUAUCGUUGCUUUCAGUGGAUGACAUGUACCAGAACCUGCCUCCAACUGGGAAGGACAAAUAUUGGAAUGAAUCUACAGCUCAACCACCCUACACAACAGCCACAUUGGCAGAGACCUUGAAACCUUCCUUCAUGGGCUCCACCUUUGAUAUGCGGAUGAGCGAUGACCCAGAGCAGAAUCAGCAGGUCGAUGCCUCACCCAGCAUGAACCGCAUACAGACACCUUUGCUCAGCCGCUUUUAUGCUGCUGCCGCCUCUCCAGCAAUUAGCCUCAAAAAUUUUGGGAAGGGCAACCGGAUUUCCCACCCUCAGUUACUGCGCUUGAGAUCUGAGGGUAUCUUUCCUUCUGCCAGUCCCAACUUCAAUCGCAGAGAAGAUCCAGAGGCAGUUGGCCGUAUUGACGAGGAAGAGACAGAGGACGAGGAAACAGGAAUUAGUGAAACCGGUAUGCCUCACAAUGCAGAGAGAAAAGAUAUACCCAUUAUUACUGUGAUAGGAUCCCUAGAUGACAGCAUCAGCAGUAUUGAACAGCCAUCAUCUAGCUAAGAUCAUCAAAUUUCUGGCUGCAAUUAUUUGAUCAACUAUGGCAGGGGUGUCAAGCUCAAGGCCUAUGGGCCGGAUCCAGUCUGUGGGGUGCUUAGAUCUGGCCCUGGAAACAAGACGACCAGCCUGUGGUGCAUCUGCCAGAGAAAAGGGAGCUUGGGAGAACCACACAUGCCACCCCCCACCCCCCCCAAGCUCUGUUUUCACUGGCAGGGGGUUGCAGGAGGCAGUCACAGCCAAAAACAGAGCUUAGGGACCCAUUUCCACUGGCAGAGUGCUUGGGCCACCAUAGGUUUCCCUGAAUAACAUUGAGCUGGCCACUCACCCUUGCCCCCCAAGGUCAAAUACAACCCUGAUGCAGCCCUCAAUAAAAUUGAGUUUGACACCCCUGAACUAUGAAGAUAUUUUCAGGUUAUAUUUUUAAUGACCAGAGAUCCUGACCAUUUUCAUCAGCACACAAAAAAGCAAAUAUGGUUGCUGGGAAAUAAAUUUCUGAACUCCAAGAAAAGUAAAAAAAACCCACACAUUUACUGGUACGUAAAACUGGACUAUGUUCUCCUUCCAAUCACCCCAAGCAGCCCACAAUCCACAAGUCACUUCCAUUACGGUAAACACAUUGCCAUUUAUUUGGUCAUAGACCCCUUUUCACUCAAAAUUAACCAAACAUGUUGUUCUUGAGUUCUUUGUGCCUUCUGUAUUUAGCUGUCUGGGUUCUUUGUGCCAGAUAUAUUAACAGAGAUAUGUAUUUUCUUUAAUAACCUAGCCAAACUUCGUUUAGCUUAUGA